AUCGGCGGGAUGGACAAACAUCACAUCGCCGAAUGGAGUGAGCCGGGGACGUCCGCGCUGCUAGCAACGAAAGCAAAACGAUCGCGUUUAUAUAGUUUUUAGCGUUUUUUUGCGUCGUGGGCUUUCCUCCGAAUACACGAGAGACGACGAGGACGAAGUUACGCUGCUCCUCGGAGGGAUGUUGCUGCCGAUACACUGGCUUUUAGCAAAGAGAAAGUAAUAAUGGCGACGCAAGAUGGCUAGCCGAAUAAUGCUAACGAGAGCCGAAAGCGAACACCCGCGGACACUUCUAUGGAUGAACGUCCACAUUUGUGGCAUUUGAGCGAGGUGAGGCAUAAUAACACGCAGGAGAGGUCCACGCAUCCCGGUCUCCGUCAUGGACAAAGUGAGGUCGUCACGCAGCCACGACAAGGACGAAGAGCCGCACUCCACAGAUACCGACACGAAAGAGAGGAGCAAAGACAAGAAGGUUUUGUGCAAAGUGAAGUGGUCCCGUGAUGAGGACGAAAAGCUGAAAAAGCUGGUGGAGCAACAUGGCACAGAAACUUGGAAAUUAAUAGCCAACUAUUUUCCCGGGAGGACAGAUGGCCAGUGUCAGCACCGCUGGCAGAAGGUGCUCAACCCUGAGCUGGUGAAAGGCCCGUGGACAAAGGAGGAGGAUCAGAAGGUGAUCGACCUGGUGCACAAGUACGGCCCCAAGCGCUGGUCGGUGAUCGCCAAGCACCUGCAGGGCCGCAUCGGAAAGCAGUGCCGCGAGCGCUGGCACAACCACCUCAACCCCGAGGUGAAGAAGUCGUCGUGGACGCAGGAGGAGGACCGGAUCAUCUACGAGGCCCACAAGCGACUGGGCAACCGCUGGGCCGAGAUCUCCAAACUCCUUCCCGGACGGACGGACAACUCCAUCAAGAACCACUGGAACUCCACCAUGAGGAGGAAAGUGGAGCACGAAGGCUACCUGCAGGACGUCAGCGCCAAGACGUGCACGUCCUCCCACGGUGGCGGCGGCGGCGGCGGCAAGAGGCGCCAUCACUCGCCAGGUCCUCCUCCGACACCCGCCGAGGCGCAGCGCUGCGACCGGAGCCCCCUGGCCCCUGUGACGGCACCCAACCAGAUGGCAGGCUAUCAUUUUGCUGCUCAAGGAUCCCACCUGAUGGACACUUCAGGUUUCAUUCCGCCGCCCUGCCCGGAUGAUCCCGACAGAGAGCAAAGAAUUAAGGAGCUCGAGCUGCUGCUUAUGUCAGCCGAGAGCGAAGUCCGGCGCAGAGGUCCAUGUAACUUGGAACAAUACUCGGCCUGGUCGGACGGCGUGCAGGAUACGGCGAGCAGCAGCAGCCUGGAGGCGCAGGCCGACAGGAGGUCCUGGUCAGAGCCGGAGAACCCGCGAGGAGACCCCGGCCAGCUGCCCGCGUCCCCCAGCAGGUUCCUGGCUGUGGAGGCCAGCACGGUGUUGUCCACCCUGCAGACCAUACGCGACUUCGCGGAGACCAUGGAUCUCAUCGAUUCGAUGUGUUUUGCCCUGCAGGACCCGGCGGCAUGGAGCGACGUGGCCAGUUUCGACCUCUCUGAGACGGCGGCGGCGCCCCGGCACGACCAGGCCGUCUUUGCCUCGCUCCUUCAGGAGAGGACGGCUGACGCUUCGGCCGGCUUCUCAGUGCACGCGGCCUGCCCGACCACCUCCACCGCCAAGGCGUCCGCGACCAGGAGGAGGAGGAGAGAGCGAGGCGAGCCGUCACCUCUGUGCGACAGGACCUACGGCUCCUUUUUGGAAAACAUUUCCAAUUCGCCAAAGAGGACGCACAGCAAGUCGCUGCCGUUCACGCCGUCGCGGUUCUGUAACGUAUCAGCGGCGGAGCAUCUGAACUUGGAGAACCCGGCGCUCACCUCCACGCCUGUGUGCGGCCAAAAGUGCCUCCUCAGCACGCCGCUUCACAAAGAAUCUACCCCCAAGCACCAGAAAGAGAACGAUGGUUCGAGGACACCCAAGUUUCGUAAAACGAUCAUGAUUCCAACACCGAGGACGCCGACGCCCUUCAAGAACGCUUUGGCGGCGCAGGAGAAAAUGCACGGCCCGCUAAAGAUGGAGCCACAGCCAUUGGCUUUUCUGGAAGAGGACAUUCGCGAGGUUCUGAAGCAGGAGACUGGGGCCGACAUCUUUAACAGAGCGACUGUUUUGCAGCCUGACUACAGAGCGUGGAAACAAAACAUGGAAGGUCCAGCGAGAAAAGUGCGCAAGUCCCUGGUGCUGGACCCCUGGGGGAAAGACUGCCUUAGUGUGCAGCUGUUCCAGGAUCAGCUCAAUAAUGCACAAGUUCUGGAUGACAGUCUCCUGUCCAGCUCCUCUCUCAGCUCCCCGACCUCCGAGCAGCAGCAGCAGCAUGGGGAGGCGGCGGAGCAGGAAUGUGUUCAUCCUUUGACGGAGCGGCGGGAGACUCCUUCGGUAUCAUCGCAGCACUCUCGCCGCUUCGUCGAGAAGACGACCCACAGAGCCGCCAAACAGGUGAGCGAGUGGGAAGCGGUGGUCUACGGUAAGACGGAGGACCAGCUGAGCGUGACGGAGCAGGCCCGCCAGUACCUGAUCGCGUACCCGUCGCCUGGCGGCCCCUCCCCUAGGGCCCUUGUACUAUAGGCACACCCUCACGAAGAUCAACACGCACUCUACUACCCCAAUUGAAUCCUCUUCUCCAAAUCCCAUAAGAGACAAUCCAGUGUCUUUCCCAUUCGGGUUUCUCUUUAGUUUUUUCAGAAACGACUUCUGUGUUUUUGGUCUGCACUAUUCUGUCAUGAAGGAAUCCGACGCGAUGAAUUUGACGAGGAGGGCAUGAACGCCUUUUAACAGAGGGCCCCCAAAAUUGCCUCAUCAGAGACGUAACAGUAGAUAAGGCAGAACCGCAGUGAAAGCGGCGUAUCAAGUAGUUGACGGACGCUUUCGACACAAUAGGGUGGCAGAAGUGGGUGUCACAGCUCUGAUGCUGCCUCCCAAGGUGGGUGCCAGAUUUUUUGCCUCUUUCGAACUGAGAUCUUGUAAAACUGACUGGAUGUAGGCGGGAUAUUGCCGAAACCUUCGCACAAGCACAGCGUCCCGCAUUGAGAUGAUUCAGUGACAUCAUUAUCCAGUGUGACGUGUCAUUGAAACACUUGUCACACAUUUGCUUUCAACACAACAGUGGUGGGAGAAGAGGGUCUCAAACUUUUACAGCUCUGAUACAGCCUUCGUCCACCCGUUCUGUCUGUGCCGUUUCUAUGGAAGAGCAACACAGAAGCCAGAUGGGAAAAUAAUUUUUUUUUGUGUGUGUGUAUUGGGGCGGGUGCGGGGGGUUAAUGGGGUCUUGUUAUGGUUUGAGGAUAAACUGGAUAGCACUUGUGAUUGUUUUUAAUUUUUGAACAAAACGUCCCCUGGUCUACAGCCGAGUUGAAUGUAUUUCAAUGUAACAGGAAGGGUACCUUAAUGUUGAGUUUGUUGUAUUUAUUAUUAUCAUUAUGGCUUAGAUAUUAAUAUAAAACAAGACAACCAUGGAGUGAGUAGAUGAACUAAAAUAAAAAAAAAGUUGGCAUAUGGACAGCGUUUGCUCUGAGCAGGCUGUAGCUAUUAUUUAUUUACUAAUUUAUUUAUGUCACAUUUUUAAAGAGCAACUAUGGAAAUUUUAUCAUCACAAUCGGCCUAAAUAUCCUAUAUAGUAUAUAGGCUCAUUCCGACCAGUCAACAUCCGGCCAUUCAUCAUUUAGUCAUGUUUCUUUAUCUUUUUAGAAGUUCAUAACCAUAUUUCUGACCUCUAAUCAUAGACAAAUUGCACUUUUUGUAUUAACGUCGACAUGAUUUUGUUUUGUUCAUGAAGGUGUAGCUUUUUGUGUAUUAGUAUGACUCCUCUUUCCAAAUCAUGAAACAAAUUGAACAUCAUGCCGUUCGAUUGAAACGCUAAAACGCUAUGAGUAUUUCCCCCCCCCCCCCCCCCCCCCCCCCCCCACAUCCUGAGCAUAUUAAAGAAGAGCGAUGGCAUUCAUACCGAGACUGGUACUCAUAAAAUUGUCCCGAUACUAAACACCAAUACCACAUGACAUACUUUCCGGGUAGGAGCAAUGUCAGACUGCAAGUUCCGCUCUGCAAAAUGGAUGGUAUUAUCGAGUAUCAGUACUCUGUAUUGGCGAGUACUCAAAUGUAAAUACUCGUACUUGGUGUUUAAAAAAAAAAAAAAAAGUAGUAUCAGUGCAUCCCUGUAAAGAACCAUUUUGAGGGCCAUACUAAAGGAUGGUUGCCCCAUCCCGGAUUUAAAGUAACACUACCAGGGUCUUUUUGUUUUCUAAUCUGGAUUAUCCCGCAUUACAAGUAAGAAUAAGAAGGGAAUCUUGUCAGGGAGGUCAAGUGGAAAGAUUAAGAGUUUUUAUGUGUAUAUAUGAUGUUUUGCUGUGAUUUUGAGGAAUGGAGUGCGUAUAUAAUGAUACAAAUGCAAUAGAAGCAAAGCAAUACUACUGUAAUCGUGUGUAACGCUGGCUGUCCUUUGUAACAGUAUUUUGUAGCUGCCCAUUUCUACCUGCUCUGCAUUUGGGACAAAUAAAUGCAAUUUGUUGCCCGGUA